UAUGGGCCCCUGCUGUCACUGUGACUGCUCUGCGUUGGACAUUUCACCUCGCCACUGUAAAUUUAAAGAGGGGAUUACAUUUUGCUGACUACUGAUUUCAAAGCCGUAGCCUGGCCGAGUGCAGACAAGCGGCCGGUGCUCCUGAAAGAAGACUUAAUACAGUCCGCAAUUGCAGGAUCUGGGAUUUCACAGUCUGCACAAGCCUACCGGGAGAAAAAACGUAUUGAGGAUCACAGAAAGCCACAUAGGUUACCCCUAACGCGUUUAGACUACGGACUCUAUCUCUCCAGGGAAAGAAAAACGUUUUGUAGUUGAAUGGGCGUUUUGGACGCGCUCGGUAAACGGUGAUGCUACGGCGGCGCGCAGGAUCCGUAGAGGGAAGAGACAGGUGAGGUGCGGCUGGGUUGCUGCUGUUAUUUCAGAGAGGCUUUGGAUACCGAGAGCCGUGGUUUCCAUCACCCUUUUCUCCACAGAGAAGAAGAAGAGCGACCGGAGAGGGCGAGUUGGCGACUGGCACCUGCCUCCGCCUCCCUACCUGGCCAUCUGGUGCGUUCAUGUGUGUUGCUGCCAUGGCGACUGUGGCCCCUCCCCUCACAUUUCUUCUCCUGCUGCUUCAACUGGCGGACGCCUCGUUCCCAGAGGAACCCAGUCCUCUCAGCUACGUCCCCAUAGAGGUUGUGCGGAGGUAUCCAGUGUUUUUGGGCAGACCGCAUCGUUCAGCUCAGAGACAGGAGCUGCACAUCCAGACGGUCCUCCAAGUCAACCGCACGCUGUACAUAGGAGCCAGAGAUGACCUGUACAGAGUGGAGCUGGAUAACAUGGCAGGUGAUGAGAUGUUUUACAGCAAGAAAAGGACAUGGGAAUCCAAUAAGAACGACAUUCGAGUGUGCCGGAUGAAGGGCAAACAUGAGGGAGAGUGUCGUAAUUUCAUCAAGGUUUUGCUCAGACAGCAUGGUGGCCUGUUUGUAUGUGGAACAAACGCCUUCAACCCGCUGUGCGCCAACUACACUAAAGACACUCUAGAAAUGGUGGGAGAGCCUGUCAGUGGGAUGGCACGAUGCCCAUAUGAUCCACGACAUGCCAAUGUGGCUUUAUUUGCAGAUGGGAGUCUUUUUACCGGCACUGUGACAGACUUCCUGGCCAUCGAUGCGGUGAUCUAUCGUAGCCUCAGUGACAGCCCCGCCCUCCGCACAGUCAAACACGACUCCAAAUGGUUCAGAGAGCCCUACUUUGUCAGCUCCAUGGAGUGGGGGCCUCAUAUUUACUUCUUCUUCAGAGAGAUGGCAAUGGAGUUUCAUCAUUUAGAGAAGGUGAUGGUGUCCCGUGUAGCUCGUGUGUGUAAGGCAGAUCUGGGCGGCUCUCAGCGGGUCCUCGAGAAACAGUGGACCACCUUUUUGAAAGCGCGUCUAAACUGCUCGGUCCCAGGAGAUUCACACUUUUACUUCAACCUCUUGCACGCCACGAGCAACAUCAUCCGCAUGCAGGGACGAGACGUCGUCCUGGGUCUCUUCUCCACUCCACCAAACAGCAUCCCAGGCUCUGCGGUGUGUGUGUUUGACAUGCAGCAGCUCGCUCAUGUUUUUGAUGGCCGCUUUAAAGAGCAGAAAUCCCCAGAGUCUAUUUGGACUCCUGUGCCGGACGAAGCGGUGCCUAAACCAAGGCCAGGCGGAUGUGCGGUGCAGGGAUCUAGAUUUAGCUCCUCCAACACACUGCCGGAUGAGGUGCUGAACUUUGUGAAGACCCAUCCACUGAUGGACGAGACCGUCCCACUAAUGGGGCACAGACCCUGGGUUGUCAAGACUAUGGGACGGUACCAGCUGACAACCAUGGUGGUGGACACUGAAGCUGGCCCCCAUAAGAACUGUACCGUCUUGUUCCUGGGCUCAACCCGGGGAACCGUCCUGAAGUUUCUAAUGAUUCCCACCGGAGAGCCUGUUUCCCACCGCAGUGUGUUUCUGGAGGAGGUGGAAGGAUUCAACCCAGAGAAGUGUGGUGAGGACACUCCUCAGGCUCGGCAGCUCUUGUCUCUGUCGUUGGACUGGAGCAGUCACACUCUGCUGCUGGCCUUCCCCGCCUGUCUGGUCCGGAUGCCCACCUCUCGCUGCCACCUGCACUCACGCUGCAUGAAGAGUUGUCUAGCCUCCAGGGACCCAUACUGUGGCUGGACCAGAGGCAGCACCUGCUCCUUCCUGAGACCAGGCACACGGCUGCCUUUUCAACAAGAUGUGGAAUAUGGGAACACCACCUCCCAUCUAGGAGACUGUGAUGGAAUUCUGCAGCAGAGUUUGCUGAUUGAACCAGAGAGCUUGGUCUCGCUCAACCUACUUGUGGCGUCUGCAGUCUCAGCGUUCACCAUCGGGGCGGCCCUUUCCGGUCUCGCCGUCUGCUGGAUCAUGGCCCACAAGCCCGCCAACCGUCGCCACGGCAACACCUCCCAGUCCUCUAUCCAACGGCGUGAAAGAGGCCUGCUGACUAAUGGCAGCGGGAUGGGAGGCUCUGUGCUCAGCGUGACGCGGCAGGGAGGCGGGGAUCGCCCCUGCACUCAGGGCGGGGAAACCCUGUUUGUCAUGCCCAACGGCUGGGUAAAGUCAGGAGAGCUUGACCCGGGUUUCCUGCCCACCCCGGAGCACACGCCUCAGCAGAAACGCAGAGGCCUACGACUGUCUGACUCCAACUCUGGAGGGUGGGACACCAGCCAGACGUACCUGGGCGGAGGCUCCGUGGGGCUGGGUUCCCCCUGCCGUAUCCCCCCCUCCGUCUACCUGACCACCAGACUCUUCCAGCAGGGGGGAGGCGGGAGACACAAUGGUGAGGUCCGUGGGAUUGACGCACCACGCCAACACUAUGUCUGCCUGAGCAAGCAGGAAAAAGGAAUGAAGGGGACGCCCAAAGCCCCCCUCAGGAAGUCUGCAGGAGAAUAUGUGUACCCCAUGACCCCCCAGGACUCGCCUGAGCGUCGGAGGGUGGUGUCAGCACCCAGCGCCCCCGUGGAGUACAGCGAGCCCAUGCCAUUGCGCUGGCAAGCCCCGGAAGGUUACAUCCUGAGCAGCCACGGCAUGGUGCCCGUCUCCCUGCCCCCACCCUCCAUGCCCGCCCCCAGUGGCCAGGCGUACAUGUCCCAGCAGCACACCCCCGCACUGAGCAGGGCCCUGCUGCGAGGGGCCCUGGAACGAGGGGAGCUGGGCGAGCUGGUGGAUCUCAGCCAGUUCAUGAGUAAGAAGAACUGCAGCGAUAGGACUCAGGCGGGCCAGUGACUCACGAGGAAGUAAAGUGGAAAGAGAGCUUUUCCAUGACCAUAACUCUCUGUUUUAUUUACCAAGAUCUCUCUUUCACCCUUUCCUCCUCAUUCUGUCCAUUCCCCUCUCCCUUCCCUUCUCUUUUCCCUACAUCUUUACUUGUCAUUCCCCCCCCCUCCGAUCUGCCAGUUCCAUAGGCUACCCCCUCCUUCCCUUACCCCCAUGAUGAGUCUCUCUUUAUGACUGGCUGCUGGGUCUGCCACUCAUAUCCGGGCUCACACUAAUUGGUCAGAUGGACUGAGGUUGUUGCUGUGUCUGCAUUGCAGAGUUGCCUCUCUCUCCUGCUACUCAGCGGCAGCGGGAUGAGAGAGGAGAGAGGAUGGAGGGUAAAGAAAGAGAGGAGGGAAUGUGGAAAGCAGAACGGGGGGCCGAGACGACAGAGACAAAGAUGGACAUGGCACUUAGAGGCUGUCUUCUCUGUGCAGAUUAACUGAGUCUGCAGAGCCAGUCAAAUACUGCUACAGGAGUGGGAUGUUUUCCCUCUUGGAUAACAUUAGACUGCCACCCAUCUGUUCUUCACUACAUUACCUGUUGUCUGAUUGCCAACUAGGUAUUUCAAGUGAAAUAGCAAAAUCUUAACCUUGUAAAUGAUCUGAAACAAAACACAAAGUGAGAUGAGGAAAUCCCUUCUUUUUCUCUCUCCUGUUUGCUGCACACACACAAGAUGUUUUUGUACAGGUGAGGGAUGGUAUUUAGUACUCCAUGUGUACGAGAGGCACGAUGUGUGUGCCAAAUGCCUCUAACCAGUCUCACAGCGAUAUGGGACCAUAACUCUUUGGAGAGCAGAGUGCAGGACUGAAAUGUCAGCACUUUUUCUGCCAACUGCAUGCUCUCUGUAAUGACGGCAUCUCAGCUGUCCAUCGCGCUAUCCGUUUGCCUCCUUACACUCCAUGUACUCUUUAAUGACCAAUAAUUCCACAAAGACGUCUGGGGAGAUUGCAACCCGAACACUGGACUGUCUUUAAUCAGAGCUGGACUGAAAGGAGGAAACAGAGAUGUUGUUGGAGGAUUCAAAGUGAAUGCAAUGCAAUAUAUGAACACUUUGUGCUUCACUGUUCACACUCAAACAAACACACAUACAGGUAUACACCAACACAUUCAUUAUUGGGAAAUUAUAAACCACAGUAGGGUGGCUAAAAGUACCCCCUUAACCCACAGUGGGUCAAGGUCCCACAGUCGUGAUACAGAAUAAAGGGACAGUUACAGGGGAGAUGAUUGAAACCUGUGGCCUAACGCAAAGCCAAUAGGCGUAAUGGAAAUGUUCCCAGCAGGCAAAUGGGACUAUAUAUUCAGCACAUCAAAGUGUCCGAAACCAUGAACUGGUCGGAGUUUAGAGCAUCACAACAUGGUGCAAGUAUGUUCACGAGGAGGUGGAAGUCAUACAAAAGUGACAAGAUAAAGAAGAAAGAAGUGAAAGACAAGUACGACUUGAUGAAAAGACUGUUGAUUAAAACGAGAAUGUGUUACAAGUGACCAGAUGAUUCUCAUGCUUAGUCAGUUGUGAACAAAUGAACUCUGGUUUGUGCUGACCUUAUUGUCAGCAGCAAUAUAUGGUUUAUCUGUACAUAGUAAACUUUAAUUUAGAUACAAAUGAUAAUGUAAGACAAAAAGUAAAAAUGUCAUCAGGCACUAGCUUGCAAACUAAAAUGUAUCAUGUCACUAUAGCUAUUCAUGUAUGAUAAUCUGUUUUCCUAUCAACUGGCUUCAAGGUUGAAGACACUGAAAACUACUAGUGUCUUUUUCUUCUAUUUUUUACAUCUUUGUGCCAAAACCGCGAAUGAUUUACCGAUGCCUGAUUACUGAAGCAAAAAAAACUUGUUUUAAAGUGCCAUGAUGACCAUUUCAGUCAGCAGUGCUCCUCAGUGGUGUCGGAGAACUCACUUGUUGCAGUAUACUUGUGAUAUGUAUGCCUUUUACCACUACAUGCUGAAUGUUAUAUAUUAUUUUUUUAUUUAGAUGUGGGCUUGUACUCUUGAAAUAAUUUGUUUCAGUUCCCCCUGUCUGUCCUGAUGCCACUGACACUGAAUGCUAACAGCAGCGUUUGAGGGUCUGUUUAUAAACUACAUUCACUUACUAUACUGUAAAUAUGUACACAGGAAAACAGACACUUUGUCAUGCCCUUUAUGAUUAUACUGUAAUGCAUUCACUGAUGCCCUAACGUGAGUUGUCUUUAGGACAACAAAUCCAACAUGUAAUAUAAUUAGUUCAUAAGCAAACCUUCAAAUGGACUGAACUGCUGUAAGGGAAUACUGUGCAUCUCAUUUUGUGUCAUAUCUGUCCUGAUCCUGAACGUCUUGUCUAGUCUGUAGUCUGUGAUCGUCUGUCUGUCAUCCCCAACCAACUGCCAUACUGGAGGAUCUUGAAAAUACUUGUCAGAAUCGUGAGUGAAUGAAUGUACUCAUUAUUUUGUUGUUUCUUAUCAUUAUACUGUGCAGUAAUAAGGAAAAGCACAAAAAACCUUUUCUCUUUUUGUUCUUGCAUUUUGAAUACAGAGCUGUUCUGUAAUGUGAAUAGUGUAAAUAAUCAUCCUGAAGGUAUAGUGUUUCAGUUUUGGAGGGAUCGUUCUUGCUCUUCUGAGACAGGAAUGUGUUUGAAGUGUGAGUUUUUUUUUUCCUUUGGUGACAAUGCUGUGAAUAAGAUGUAUGUACAGUAUUUACGUGACUUUGGCUGACAGCUGAGUUCAGCUGUUUCCUGUUAUUAGAGUAGAGUCGCAGGCCUGAUCUCAGCCAGAACUGAGCCUUCUCAUUUGACUGAUGCCUGCCGAGUUUUUCUGCAGUUGCUAAGAUACUGCUGUUAUAAUAACCAUCGAUCUUUGGAGUACUGCUAUUAAAUGGCAUUAUAUAAUUGACUGCUAA